AUGGCCGCGGCGAUCAUCGGCGGCGGCGGAUGGACGCGCCUCCGCAGCGUUGGCCGGGGCGCUUCCGGCGCCGUGGUGUCGCUGGCAGCGAACGACGUCUCCGGGGAGCUCUUCGUCAUCAAGUCGGCCGGCGAGGGCGCCGCGAGGCAGCAGCUCCGGCGAGAGUGGAGCGUCAUGUCCGGGCUGUCCUCGCCGCACGUGCUCAAGUGCCUUGGCUUUGUCCAGGCCUCCGGCGGCUGCGGCGGCGGCGAGCACCAGCUGUUCCUGGAGUACGCGCCCGGCGGAUCGCUCGCCGACGUGGUGGCGAGAAACGGGGGUCGCCUCGACGAGGGCGCCGUCAGGACGUACGCGGCCGACGUGCUUAGAGGGCUCGACUACCUCCACGGGAAGCUCGUCGUGCACGGCGACGUCAAGGGGAGUAAUGUGCUCGUCGGCGCCGAUGGCCGCGCCAAGCUCACCGACUUCGGGUGCGCGAGGGUGGCAAUGCCCGGUGGUUCGAAGCAGCCGGUGCUCGGCGGCACGCCGGCGUUCAUGGCGCCCGAGGUGGCGCGUGGCGAGGAGCAAGGGCUGGCCGCCGACGUCUGGGCGCUGGGCUGCACCGUCAUCGAGAUGGCCACCGGCCGCGCCCCGUGGAGCGACAUGGACAACGUCCUCCCCGCGCUCCACAAGAUCGGGUACACGGACGCCGUGCCGGACCUGCCACGGUGGCUGUCACCGGAGGCGAAGGACUUCUUGCGCGGAUGCCUGCAACGGCGCGCCGGCGACCGUCCCACGGCGGCGCAGCUGCUACAGCACCCGUUCAUCUCCAAGUCAUGCGGUCUCAACAACAAGGAAACCGUCAAGGCGACAUGGGUGUCGCCGACGAGCGCGCUCGACGCGACAUUAUGGGAGUCCGAGUCGUCGUCGACCGACGGCGAGGAAGUCGACGACAUGUCGUCGAACAGCCCUACCGGCCGGAUCAGAGCAAUGGCAUGCUCCUGCCAGACAUUGCCGGACUGGGACUCCGACGACCAUGGCUGCAGCUGGAUCGAAGUCCUCGGCAGCGUCUCCAUUAAUGUAGCAAACAAAACAGCAGCAAUAGAGCAGAGGGUGACAUCAAUGGCGUGCUCGCCGUCGUCGGUGCCGGACUGGGACUCCGGCAACCAAGGCUGGAUCGAUGUCCUCAGCAGCGUCUCCAUUAGCAUAGCAAAUAAAUUAGAAACAGCAACAGCAGCAGAUAACGUAUCUUCAGAGUGUCCAGCCAAGUGGGUGAGAGCAAUGGCGUGCUCGCCGUCAUCGGUGCCGGACUGGGACUCCGAUCAAGGAUGGAUCGAUGUUCUCGGUGCAUCACCCGAUGUCGUAGCGGCGGAAGAAUUCGAUGUAGCGGCAGCCGCCGAUCAGAUUUCCGGCCAAGCUGUGGGUAGCAUUGUUGUAGGGGUAGGUAGCAGUGAGCAAUCUGUAGUUGUUGAGAACCAGGAGGAUGAGUUCACCUCCUUGAGUUCUUGCAGCGAGCGAGUUUUGCUUGUAGGUGUUCAUGCUGCUGAUAAUAAUGCGGCCUCUCGGAAGGCCGGAAUAAAAAGAUGUUCCAAUUUUUCGUGCUAG